GCUGUGCGUCUAGAAAGGAUGUAUUAAGGUGGUCCCCCUGUCAGGCACCAAUUCAUUUAUCGGAGAGUAAAACCAGUUAAAGGGAGGGAGGACAGAGAGCAGUCAGUGGCGGCUCUGGAGAGCUGUCACUUUCUCUGUGUGUAUAGGCUAUAGCCUAUGUGUGCGUGUGCGUGUGUGUGUGUGUGCAGAGAGGGAUUAUCAGUAGGCUACUAGUAGCGCACUUUUGGUGAUGCAUUCAGUCGGGAGAAGUGCAGCGGGGAGCAGUGAGUGUCAACCCUGACAUUCAGCGGCAUAUUCAGCGCAGUAGCAGGAGAAGGGGAUCCGGCAGGCUUUGGGGCACCGUGUCUGUGCAUCACAGGAUUUCGACUUAUUGUGUGUUUUAUUUAUUUUUGAUGAAUGCUCGUUUCGUGGUGCAGUGAAAGUCAAAGAUGCGCACCGCUGAACAAAGGAUUUAAGGGGGAAACCAUCAAGAAUCUUUUCCACAUUUGAAUCCUGACACCCCCGGUGUGUUUCGUCCAUGCCCAUUCUGCCUCUGAGGACAACAGACACGGGCUGAAUAAUCGGGUGCCUCUGGUUUAAAAGCUGGAGCAGGAGGAAUCAUCUGGGCUGAUCGCGUACGAGCCCAUGUGGAUGGAGAGAGAAUACGCAAACACAGAGAGUGGAGCUCGUUCCGAAAUGUGACAUUUUUACUCUCCCAGUCUCGCAUCAAACCUGAAACCGGUGCUUCUGCCUUCGUCCUCGAUCGGAUUUUUUUACAUCAAUUGAGGGAUGGCGUUCCUCCCGGUCCUCCUGCUGCUGCUGACUGUCGCUCAUCGUGCCACCGGACUCUCUGAGGCCUCUGAGCCUCUCCCACGAGGCUGCGGCUGGGGCCUCGUCCGUCCCUACACCCUCCUCUGUGACCUGGACUCCAUAUGGGGUGUGGCUGUCGAGUCGGUGGCUGCCGGUGGGGUGCUGACUGCCAUCUUGCUAGCCUUAGUCCUGCUCUGCCGCUUACACCACAUCAGUGAAGCUGAGAAGCGCAGCGGCGUGGGACCCAUCCUCCUGCUGCUCCUCGGCAUCCUCGGCUUGUUCAGCCUGAGCUUUGCUUACCUGAUCGAGCAGGAUGAGUCUUUAUGUUUGCUCCGCAGGGCCCUGUGGGGUCUCCUGUUUGCCGUCUGCUUCUCCUGCUUGCUGGUGCAGGGUGUGCGCCUGCGCAGGAUUGGCCGUGAGCGCCGGAGCCCCGGCGGCUGUGCCCUUACAGGCCUCGCGCUGGGUUUGAGUGCCGUGCAGGGCAUCAUCGCCGCCGAGUGGCUACUUCUCACCGUGCUGAGGGAGGGACGUGCUGCCUGUCAGUACCUGCCACUGGACUUCUCACUAGCCUGCAGCUACGUGCUAGCCCUCCUACUAGCCGCGCUGACUGCCGCCUCUCUGGCCCUGUGCGGGAAGACACAUCAGUGGCGCUGCAAUGCCAUCUGGCUGCUGGUGACCUGCCUGCUGUCGCUGCUGCUGUGGGUGGCCUGGGUGGGCUUCUAUCUGUACGGCAACGCCUGGCUGGGGAGGUCCCCGGACUGGAAUGAUCCGGCACUGGCCAUUGCUUUAGUGGCUCAGGGCUGGCUGCUACUGAUCUUCCAUGCCAUUCCUGAAUCCCACAUCUGCCUGAGACCCCCUCCACAGCCCACUGCCCCAGAUUACUUUGACACUUCCCAGAACUCGACACGGAUGAGGGAGACCAGCUUCGACGAAGACAUCCCUCUCUCUCACAGGCAGUUUGUGGAGAACCAGGGCUACGGAUACAACGAUGAGAACACCGCAGGAUUGAGGACCGGUGGUGGUGCUGGGCAACACAACAGCAACACCACCGCCAGACCCAGCGCUCCUUUCCGCAGCAAUGUCUACCAACCCACCGAGAUGACCAUGAUCCUGAACGGGGGAGCGGUGCCCUCUGCCCCUCCAACCUACACGGGGAGGCAGCUGUGGUGAGUGAGAGGAUUGGAAAGAAGAUGUGUGGUAGAAAAUGAAGAAGAGGAUGGAGAGGGUGAGGAGGGAGGGAUCCGGGACGAGGGGCCUGCCUUGUUGAAUUGGACUUAAAACAUGGAUGCCAACAGGGCCCUUCAACUCUGUGUACAGACUUUAACACUGACUGUGUGCCAAUCAACUAUUGUAUGAGUGUGUGUGAGACUGAGAGAGAGAGUAGGGUGUGGAGGACAGAGCUAAAGCUCUUCUAGCUCACAAAUCUCUAUAGAAGGGUUCAAAAACUCAAUACGUGACCAGCAAGUAGCAAAACAAAACGCACGCUGACUCAGAUCCGAAAAUGUCAACAUGCAGUAUUAUUUUCCCUUUGAUUUGCUCCCCUGAGACUAUACAGCACUGUUAGCAUCCUUGAAAAACUGUGAAAUCUAUCGCCUUUUCCUGCUCCAUCUCUCUUCCUGUCAGUCAGGAUGUCUUUUCUGCUGCUCCUCACAAUGCUGGCGCUCACGUGGGAACAUUUGGCUCUGUCCUCCAUCCAUCCACAGCGUAGGUGAAGACAGAGCACAUGGGCAACUGUACAGCUCGAGCACCGCCCGCUUAAAAAAAUCCAGCCUCUGUGGGUGUGUAUGUAUAUGAGUAUAUGAGAGGAAAAAAAAAAUUUAAAAAAAGAGUGUGUGUAUUCGCUACAUCUCAACUUCACCGCUCCGAUAAACCUCAUCCCUCCAGACUGUUACCCCUCCAUGAACACUUCUUCCUCCCUGUCUAUCUCCGUUUCCGGUAUUACUGCACCGUCUGUGAAUAUAACACAUAACUCUUCUCACCUUGCCUCAUCCUCCCACCUGCAUGGACACUUGUGUGAAACAAACUGUGAAGCCCGAACUGCGGUCGGUAAAGACGUUCCCAGUGACCACGAAACGCAGCAAAAGCAGCCUGGAGCACCUGAACAGAGGGAUCGCAAGCUGCUAAUGACCUGCUGCUAGAUACAAUGGAGAAAAGUGGAUACUGAUUGGACAUGGAGGAGCGUCAGUCAUUGGUGGGGCGGCACCGCUCUAUGAAUCUAGGUCAGACUGCUGUGUGCUGCUCUCCCACAUCUCCGGUGGCCACUGGCGUUUUAAACAAGCCAGGAGAAACUGUCACUUUAUAUCAGCAGGAAACGGAGCGAGGAAAUGAAACGUUCUCCUUUACUCAACUCCUCUAUCUGUGUUCAUGUGUGCGUACUUGUGAUUUUAUGAGUGUCUGAGGUUGACGGGGGGGGGGGGUGGGAUUCAAAAGUCAAGGUUGUUUUCUGGUGCUAAAUAUUCCUCCACACAACUUCCCAGUGCAUCGCAGACCCACAGGAACAAACACGGAUACAGAUACAGUGGUCAAACCUGUGAGUGACAGGCUAUAGAUAGAGCUGUGGCUGGUGUGUGGAGAUAUCCUAGAGCCUUAGAAAGAUCAGAUUUACAGUGCAAGGUAGAGAGAGGGAGAUCAAAUAAAAGUGGAGGAAUAAGGGGGAUAGGAGCGAGCGAGGAGGAAGGAGAUAGCGAGUGACGGUCCCGAGGGGAGUCUAAUAUGUGACAGUGCGCGAUCUGUGUGAGAAAAUGGCUCCCUGGUCUGUCUGUGUGUUUGUGCGUGAUGUGCAGGCGGCCAUGCUGCUCUGUCUGCUGUCUUCUUUAUCUGGUGAAGCGUCUCUCCUCCUCCUCCUCCUCCUCCUCCUGCCUCCCAGUGGUCGGCUAUACCUCAAGUGUAGCCCUGUGCCAAGAAGAACUCUCGUUUCACUGGAGUCCCUGUUUCACGCCCUUUCCCUUCAUCACGACACCAGCUCUCUCUCACUUCACCCGAGAAGCUGU